GAAUUGGAUACAAUCCCACACACUUACUUCGCGGAUCUCCGCCAAUCGCUUCGUCGCUUCUUCUGCUCGUCCAAGCCGAUUCUCCACCUUCUCCCUCAUCUCCAUCUUCUUCCUCUCGAUCUCCUCUUCCUUUGCGCGGAACAGAGCCAACGCCGAUCGCGAAAGCUCCUCCUCUUGAUCCUCCCUCGCCGGACUCCCAAUCGCUUUCUUCACUCUCUGCUGCAUCUGCGAUUGUUGCGCCUCCCAGCUCUGUUUCUGCGUCGUCAUGCCUUCUCUCUCGCAAAUGAUGAUGAUGAUGAUGAUUCUCUUUCUCUGUUAGGUGGCCAUACGCAAAGCGGCGCAAGGCUUUUAAGGAAGAGGUUCCCCUCCCCCAAGUAUCAGCAUCACGGUCUUGCGAUUUUGAGAGAGCGAAAACUCAAGAACAAUCAGGAACUUCUCACAAUGUCUGCAUCGACUUCCUCAUCCGCACCUGCACCCGCACCUGCCUCCGGUUCUUCAACCGCUUCGGAUCAUCCUCAGAGACAUAUGAUCCGGAAGUUCAUCCAGGCUUUGCGCGAACAAGGAUUUCUUGACGAUAACUUCAAUAACCAGAUGAAUCUUCACGAGAAUCGAAAUUCCUUGGCUACAUUCUGCGGUGACGCCGAACCUAAACUCGAUAGAGUUGAAAAACUUCUUGCAAGAGAGACUGUGGAAUUUGAUACUGUGAUGAACCUCAUGGAAUCGCUCAAGACCAAUGCCGCUGGGGUUGGUGGUAAGCGACUGUCAACUGCUUGUGCUGAGAUGCAAGAUUUGUGCACUGAUAACAACGCUGAACCUUUACAAGAAGCCUACAGGAAGGUCACCUGGGAAUACUAUGUUUUACGCGACUGCUUCCACCACAUUCUGCAGGCGGAGAGGGCAAUCCAAAUGAGCUCAGAAGAAUGAAGAAACUAAGAUUUGGAGUAGUAGGCUAUAAAUAAACGCAUUUAUGCGUUGGUAUGGAAGGAAGGCUAUUAUUCCAGAAAGGCUUGCUUAGUUACUUUUUGUUUUGUAUUGUAAACAAGCUUGUAUGGACAAAACAUAUUAUACUACAACAAUUCUAGUCGAAAAUUCUAUUCCUCUCUUA